AUGCAACUAACUGGCGCGCAGAUUGUUUGCGAAAGCCUUAUCAAAGAGGGUGUGGACACGAUUUUCGGGCUGCCUGGCGGGGCUGUAUUGCCGUUCUACGGCGCACUCUCCGGUUACCCCCAACUUCGCCACAUCCUGGUACGCCACGAACAGGCUGCCGCCAUGGCCGCCGACGGAUACGCCCGAGCCACCGGCAAGGUCGGUGUUUGUUCCGCUACCUCUGGUCCCGGCGCAACCAACCUGGUUACCGGCUUGGCGUCGGCCCAGAUGGACUCCGUGCCCAUCGUGUGCAUCACCGGACAGGUGCCGCGCCCGGCCAUCGGCCGAGACGCUUUCCAGGAAACCGACAUCACGGGAAUCACGCUGCCCGUAACCAAGCAUAACUACCUGGUGCUGGACGUCCGUGACAUAGCGCCGGCAAUCAAGGAAGCUUUCUACAUAGCGCGCACUGGGCGGCCCGGUCCCAUUUUGAUCGACAUUCCAAAGGACGUGCUGGCCGGCGAAACCAUCGAGUUCGAAUGGCCCAGCGAGGUGGACCUGCCCGGUUACAACCCACCCGGUGAUCCGGAACCCGAACAGGUUGUUGCGGCCGCCAGGUUGAUCAAUCAGGCCGAGCGUCCCAUCAUCCUUGCCGGUCACGGCGUACUGAUUUCCCGGGCGUGGGAUGAACUCCGGGAACUGGCCGAAAAGGCCCAGAUUCCGGUGAUCACCACGCUGCUGGGCAUCGGUUCAUUGCCCACCGACCAUGUUCUGAACCUCGGUAUGCCCGGAAUGCACGGCAUGGCCUACGCCAGCCUCGCCAUCGAUCGCUCCGACCUCGUGAUCGCUCUGGGCGCCCGGUUCGAUGACCGCGUUACCGGCCGCAUUGCCGAUUUCGCUCCCCAUGCCAAAAUCAUUCAUUGCGACAUUGACCCGUCCGAAUUCAACAAGAACAUCAUCGCCGACGCACCGGUGCUCGGUGACCUGAAGGCAUCGUUGCGUGCCUUGAUUCCCCAUGUAAAUUCCACCGUUCAUCUGGACUGGAUGCAGGAAACUGACCAGUUGCGAUCACAGCAUCCCUCUUUGUUCAUCCGGGAGUCCGAUGUCCUGCUCCCGCAGCAGGUAUUGAAAGAACUUUCCGACGCCACCGGGGGCAACUCCAUCAUAGUUACCGGCGUGGGCCAGCAUCAAAUGUGGGCGGCCCAGCAUUACGGCUACAAUGAACCCAACUCCCUCAUCACCUCGGGCGGCAGCGGAGCCAUGGGCUUUGAGGUUCCGGCGGCGCUGGGCGCCAAGGUGGGUCGUCCAGACAAAACGGUUUGGUCCAUCGCCGGAGACGGCGGGUUCCAGAUGACGUUGUGCGACCUGGCAACCGCCGCCGAGAACAACAUCGAGGUGAAAUUCGCUAUUCUGAACAACGGUUCCCUGGGUAUGGUCCGCCAGUGGCAGGACUUCUUCUAUGACAAAGAUUUCUUUGCCACCAUCUACAGCGGCAAUCCCGAUUUCGUAAAACUGGCCGAAGCGUACGGUAUUCGCGGCAUCCGCGUUACCGAACAGCGGGAAGUGGCCGGUGCGAUUCAGGAGGCCAUGGAAACUCCCGGGCCGGUAGUAGUCGAUUUCGUGGUCAAGGAAGACGAGUUCGUCUUCCCCAUGAUUCCCGCCGGGGAAUCGGUGAACGAAAUGUUGGAACAGCCGUAUGUCAAGGGGGAUCGCCCCGGUGUUCUCACCAGGGUGGCUAGUCUCUUCCGACGCCGCGGCUUCAACAUUGCCAGCCUGGCAGUGGGCGCCAGCGAACAGAAGGGUCUGUCGCGCCUCACCUUCGUGGUAACCGGCGACCAGUACACGGUAGAACAGGCCACUCGCCAGCUGGACAAACUGAUCGACGUAGUGAAAGUCUCCAACAUUUCCGCUGAGGACGUGGUCGCCCGCGAGUUGGCCCUCAUCAAGGUGCGCGCAACCCCAACCAACCGCAGCGAAAUCCUGGAGAUGGCAAACCUCUUCCGCGCCAAGGUCGUCGACGUCGGCGCCCGUUCCCUGGUUAUCGAAACCACUGGAGAAGAGGACAAGAUCGACGCCCUCUACGACCUGCUCCGUCCCUUCGGCAUCCUGGAGCUCAUGCGCACCGGUCGGGUGGCAAUGGUUCGCGGAAAGGCCGAGGGCCGCAUCAGCGACGAUGUGGGCGCCAAGUACGAACAGUACGGGCGCAAUGGCGUCACGUCAGUCGGCUCCUCCCGUUAUCAACCGGGGCAUUACGAAGGCGUUUAG